AUGGAUAAUGGCCCAUGGUAUUCUAAAUAAGAGAGUAGUCCACUCAAAUUAUCUAGAAAUGCUUCAAUAACUUCUCCUAGAAGAAUGGAUAAUUCAGAAUUGAAAUUAAUUAGAGAAUAUAAUAGUCAGGUCUCUAUUCCUGAACAUUAAAUACUGUCAUUUGAUCAUUUAUUAGAUGAAAUCAAUUUUGGAAAAUUCUAAUACUGGAUAUAUGGUAUUAUGGCCUUGAUGAGUAUUAGUGAAGGAGCUUAGAUUACUAUAUUUACUUUAAUGGUUCCAAUAUUAAAAAAUGAAUGGCACAUUUCUGAUUCAUUAAAUUCAUUAUAAGCAAGUUUUGUUUUUGUAAUAGUGUCAUCUUAAUUCAGGUAGGAUAUUUAGUAGGUUCAAUGUUGUCAGGACAAUUGGCUGAUAGAGUUGGUAGAAAGAAACCAUUUUUAAUAAGUUCAUUUUUUACAUGUCUGUUAUCCUUAGGAACAAUAGCUUGUUAAGAAAUUUAUUCACUUUUGACAGUAAGAGCAUUAUUAGGAAUUCUAGGUAUUAUAUAAUAAAUUAAUAAAUAGUUGGUUUAUUUGCACCUUGUGGAGUAACUAUGAUAUCUGAAAUUACUCCUGGUCAUUUAAGAGGGAGAUAUAUGGGAUUGAUAACAUUAACUUUUGCAAUAGGUUAAUUAUUUGGAUUAUUUGUUGCUGAAUAUACAUUAAUAUCAUUGGAUGAAGGUAAUUGGAGAUUAUUAACAUUUUGGUGUUGUCUACCAGGAUUCUUAGCUUGGUUUAUAAGUUUAUUUUGGUUAAGAGAGAGUCCUAGAUUUGCUUUGUUAAGUGGAUAAAAAGAUUUAGCUUACAAUAUUAUUGAAGAAAUGAUUAAAUCAAAUAAAUCUUCAAUUUAAUUUACUGAUGAUAUGAAAAUCAAAUUAUCUAAUUGGACUCAUGCUAUGAAUAGAAUUGCCAAAAAUUAAAAUAAUGUAUUAAUUUUAUUUAUUUUUAAGGCUUCAAUAAUGUCAUUAUUUGAAAAUAAUCGAUUCUUUCUUACAAUUUUAAUUUGGUUUAAUUGGUUUAUACUUUCAUUUGUAUAUUAUGGAAUUGUACUAUUAUUGCCAGACAUUUUAUCACAUAUUGAAUAAACUUAAACUGGAAGGGAUAAGAUAAUUUAAUUAGUAAUAUCUUGUAUAAGUGAUAUCUUGGGUGCAGUAGCAGCUGCUUUCUUUAUUGAAAUAAAAGGAUUUGGAAGAAAGAACUCAUUAAUUAUAUUCUUUACAAUACAAGCCUUAACAGCAUUAAUGGCAUUUUAUGAUAUUGAACAUCAUUUUAUAUAUUGGGCAACUGCAUCUAAGUUUUUCCUAUCUAUGACAUUCAUCUUUUCGUAUCAUAAUUUAAUUUUAUUUUAGAUUUUAAUAUACAGCUGAAGUAUAUCCAACAAAAAUUAGAACAACUGGAAUAGGUAUGGCUAAUGGAAUAGGAAGAUUGGGAGGAGUGAUUAUGCCAUGGAUAUGCAUGUAUAUGAAUAGCCAGCAAUUAAGAAGUCCUUUUGUAUUGUUUUCCGUUCUCUCUGUUAUUACGUCAUUUUCAAAUUGUUUUUUGCCAUUUGAAACUUUAGGAAAAGAAUUGGAAUGA